GUAGGAAGGCUCUCGUGUACCCUAGAAUUGCUGUUCUGGGAUUACACCGAAGGAAUCGAACCAUCUUCGUCUCUUUUUCCACUCCUUCGUACACAAGUCACGCCCUCUGCGCCUUUCGUCCGGGGUUUUAGCUUGGGGACCGGAACGUGGUCUUACACUUUUACACUGCAACAUCUGCUUCUCCUGCGCUCCGAGACGGCAGAUAAUGGCGGAGGAGGCACCGGAAACCGAGACUCCUAAGAAGGAUACUGAGGUGGAUGCGCGCCAUAUUGAGUCUCAGAUUCAGACUGCUAUGCGCUCUCGCGUUGCUCACUUCAAGGAACAAGCCGAUUCUUUGACAUUUGAGGGGGUUCGUAGAUUGCUUGAGAAAGAUUUGGGGUUGGAGCCAUAUGCAUUAGACGUGCAUAAGAGAUUUGUCAAGCAAUGCUUGCUGAAGAGCUUAGAAGGGGUUGGAGAUGAUAAGUCCCCAAAGGUAUCUGGGGAUACAGGGGAAAAAGGUACUCGUACACAAGAGAAAGAAGGAUCAACUGAAGAAAUCCUUUCAAAAAAGGAUGUAAAGACUCGUUGUACUGACAAUGAAGAUAAAAUGGAAGAUUCUCCAGUGUUGGGUCUGCUAAAUGAAGAAAAAUCUGUUAAACUUGAAACUAAGGAAGCUGAAGGCAAUGACAAAAAUGCAAUUCCAAGUGAAACGAUGAUUAAGAAAGCCAUUAGAAAAAGAUCUUCUUAUGUCAAAGCCAAUUCAGAGAAAGUCACAAUGGCUGGUCUUCGUCGACUAUUGGAAGAAGAUCUUAAACUUGAGAAAUUUUGUCUUGAUCCCUAUAAGAAACUUAUAAGUCAGCACCUAGAGGAGGUGUUAAAAUCUUGUGAAGCUUCAAAACCUGCAAACAGUGCCAAGAAAAUUGUUAAGAAAAAACCUGAUGCCAAAGCAACUAAAAAGGUCAGUAGUGAAGAGAGCUCUGAUGACUCAGAUGUUGAAGAGGAAGAGGAACAGGAAGAUGAAAUUAAACCUAGAAAAAGAAGUAUUCCGAAAGGGAAGUUGCAGAACUCCCUUGAACCUAAGAAGCGGAAAGGAUCCCCAGAGGAGACUGAAUUAUCUGCUAAGAAAAGGAUAAAGUCAUCUAGAAAAGCCUCAGAAGACAGCAGAGAUGCAGAAGAUUCUGGAAAAGACUCUGAAGAUGAUCAGUCCCAAUCAUCGCCAGAGAAAAUUACAAAGAAGAAAGAAGUUUCAACUCCUGCAUAUGGUAAACAAGUGGAGCAUCUAAAAUCUGUUAUUAAAGCAUGUGGAAUGAGUGUUCCACCCGUUAUCUAUAGGAGAGUCAAGCAGGUGCCUGAAAAUAAACGGGAAGCCCAGCUAAUAAAGGAGAUGGAAGAAAUACUGUCUAAAGAAGGAUUGUCUUCAAAUCCAUCUGAAAAAGAAAUUAAGGAUGUAAAAAGGAAGAAGGAAAGAGCAAAGGAACUUGAGGGUAUUGAUGUGAGCAAUAUCGUGUCAAGCUCACGCCGGCGAUCAACAGCUAGUUUUGCUGUUCCUCCAAAGGCCAAAGAACCAGUUGAAACUAAAACUAAUGGUGAUGAUGUUGAGAACAGUGGGGAUGACAAUGAUGAUGAAAGCAAUGAUGAUGAAGAGGAUGAAGACGAGGAAGAAGAGAACAGUGGCGACGAUGAUGAUGGAAGUCAAAGUGAGGAAGUUAAUGAGGAUGAAGAGGACAGCGAUUAAACCGUGCAAUUGCUGACAUGUGAAAGGUCGAUUGCUGGGUAAUUAAAAAGCGAUUUUCCCCUGCAAGUUAGAGGGAUCAUGUAUAAUGUAAUUCAAUACCCCUUUGCUCCCUGUGGAAAUGGACGAUAGUUGUUUGAUGUUACAGACUAUUGAUUUCGGUUGUUCAAGUGGUUGAGAUAGGAGACACUGCUUCUCCCGUGGUCCGUUUGUAGGAACGAACUUAUUGAUAGUGAGGUUCAUUUUUCUUAUUUAUUUUAGGUAAAUUAAGUUACUGGCUUAUCUUAAAUACAAUUCAGUUUAGCCAAUAGAAAUCACUGUCUGUGAUCCAUUAAUUUUAUUUCAUAAAAAAAAAACCAUUGUAAGCCGCCUUGAUGGUCAGGAUACAGAGGGUGAUAAGGUUGCAUUGUUGUUGAUCAAAUAUUGUAAAUAAAGUGACUUGAUUUUUCA